UGAGCAAAGGCCUUCUAAGAUAAGUAGACACUGUUUCUCUCUUGCGGAGAGUAGUGGUCUCUGCUAACAGAGUGGUAUUAUUUUAACAAUCAAUCAAUUAAUAUAGUAAACACAUCUCUCUAUCUCUUUCUUUCUCUCAUUUCUAGAGAGAGACUCAAAAAUCUCAGGAGAGAGAAACACGGAUUUAAAUCACAUUAUAGAGAGAAGCACAGAUUUCAGCCACAUUAUAGGGAGAGAAACGCAGAUUUAAAUCACAGUGUAGAGAGAGAAACCGAACAAAGGCAUUUUCAAGUUCACUCUUUCUCUCCACGCUACUUUAUCUCUCUGAAAUCUCCUUGAUUUGCAGCCCUAGAGCUUUUCCGAUCCCGAAAUUUGAGGUUUCGGUGGACUCGGAUGUGAAGGACCUUCCCAGAUCCGUCAUGGCCGAGAUUUCCGGCGACAUAGCGAGUGUUUCUCCGGUGGAGCUGAGCUACAGCGAGAACGGAGGCAAUGGUGGCCGGCCGCCGGCGAAUGAGGCGGUGUAUGUGGUAUCCACUCCUCCGCUGACGGUAUCGCAAUCCUUCAAGGAGGGGAAGGGGAGUUCCAGGAGGAGGGCGUCGGUGCGCCCCAGCUUGGAUGCGGAUGAGUUCAUAAACCUUUUGCACGGGUCGGAUCCGGUGAAAGUUGAGUUGAAUCGGUUGGAGAAUGAAGUCAGAGAUAAGGAUCGAGAAUUGGGGGAAGCACAAGCGGAGAUCAAGGCUUUAAGGUUUUCGGAACGUCUUAGAGAAAAGGCCGUCGAAGAGAUUACUGAAGAACUGUCAAAGGUGGAGGAGAAGCUUAAGUUAACAGAAUCUCUUCUAGAAAGCAAGAAUCUCGAGAUCAAGAAAAUCAAUGAUGAAAAGAAGGCCUCCAUGGCUGCUCAAUUUGCAGCAGAAGCCACUCUUAGAAGGGUUCAUGCUGCGCAGAAGGAUGACGAUAUGCCUCCCAUUGAAGCGAUUCUUGCACCGUUGGAGGCUGAGCUCAAGCUUGCUCGGCAGGAGAUAGCAAAGCUGCAGGAUGACAACAAAGCACUAGAUCGCCUUACCAAAUCAAAAGAAGCAGCUUUACUUGAAGCUGAGAGGACUGUUCAGGUUGCAUUGGCAAAGGCCUCUAUGGUGGAUGAUCUUCAGAAUAAGAACCAAGAGCUGAUGAAACAAAUAGAAAUUUGCCAGGAAGAAAAUAAAAUUUUGGAUAAGAUGCAUCGCCAAAAGGUUGCAGAGGUUGAAAAACUAACCCAAACUGUAAGGGAGCUUGAAGAGGCUGUUCUGGCUGGUGGUGCAGCUGCAAAUGCUGUCAGAGAUUACCAACGGAAAGUUCAAGAGAUGAAUGAGGAAAGAAAAACCCUCGACAGGGAGCUGGCCCGUGCAAAGGUAACUGCAAACAGGGUGGCAGUAGUUGUAGCAAAUGAAUGGAAAGAUGCUAAUGACAAGGUGAUGCCCGUAAAACAAUGGCUAGAGGAACGGCGAUUCUUGCAAGGGGAAAUGCAGCAACUCAGGGACAAGCUUGCUAUAACGGAAAGAACUGCAAAAUCUGAAGCACAAUUGAAAGAAAAAUAUCACCUGCGGCUCAAAGUUAUUGAAGAGAGUUUGAGAGGAUCUUCAAACAGUAACAAUCGUUCUACACCAGAGGUAAGAAGUGUGAGCAAUGGGCCUUCCCGUCGCCAGUCUCUGGGUGGAGCUGAUAACAUCUCCAAAUUUAUCCCCAAUGGCUUUUUAUCCAAGAGAACACCAACUUCUCAGUUGAGAUCAUCUCUGUCCUCUGGCAGCAGUUCGGUGUUGAGACAUGCUAAAGGGACAUCAAAAUCAUUUGAUGGUGGCACAAGGUCAUUAGACAGGGGUAAAGUUCUCUUAAAUGGAACACUGCCAAAUUAUGCACUCAACCAAUCUUGUGAUGCAACCAAGGAUAUUGAGGUGCAUGAUGCAUGGAAGGGAAAUUCGGAUGAAAAACCUAAUGAGUUUCCAGUAGUGGACACAGAGGAUAGUGUCCCAGGGGUGUUAUAUGAUAUGCUGCAAAAAGAGGUCGUUUCUUUGAGGAAAGCUGGUCAUGAAAAAGAUCAAAGCCUCAAAGAUAAGGAUGAUGCUAUUGAGAUGCUAGCUAAGAAGGUAGAUACAUUAACCAAGGCAAUGGAAGUUGAGGCUAAGAAGAUGAGAAGGGAAGUUGCUGCCAUGGAGAAGGAGGUAGCUGCCAUGCGUGUGGAGAAAGAUCAUGAAAAUAGGGCCAAGAGAUUUGGCAGUUCCAAGGGACCUGUGUCUAACACUCAGCUGCUUCCUGGGAGGUACUUAUAUUACUCAUUUUUAUCUUUCAUUCUUCCUUUUUAAGAUCUAUGAUCACAAUUGUAUAUUUUGGCAUAAGCCUGGAAAAGGAAUGUGUUGAUAGUGUACUUUUUUUAUUUCAGUAUUUUUUGCAUGGCUUAUGUCAGUAGAUAAGGAAUAUACUCUUUGAUGUAUUUAUGACCUUACUGUUUCUUGACCAGGUUCUACUACUAAAAGCUUUAUUUCAUUAGUUAGAUCAUGGCAAUGAUAUUUGAUUUGCUGCCACUCUUUUUGUUCAUCAUGAUAUUGGCACCUUUUUUUUGUAGGAGUUAGACUGUAUAAUCAUGAGGUAUUGCUAGAUUGUGUAUUGCCAGUGCUACAUAAUUAUGAAAUAUUGCUAGAUUGUCCAACUAGUAGGAGUUAUUUAUUGAUGCUUGUUUGUGGUGAAGUCAUGAGGUCUAAUAACAUUAUUUUAUCCAUGAAAUGAUUGCAUUUCAUUUUAGUCUUGAAGACACCAUUUUGAGGAGCUAUCUCUUUCUCCUCUUUUUGUUAAGAAAUAGUUAUGUGACUCAAACUACAUACUUUUUGAGCAAAUUAUUCUCUAAUAUUGUGUCAGAAACUGCAAUUUCCUUGUUAGUACUUUCUCAUAAAAAAAAAAAAAAAAAAUCCUUAUUAACACUUCCAGGUUACCUGGGGCUUAUGUGUAUCUUCUUUGGAAGCUAGACCAAUGCUUAAUUCCAUGCACAUACUGCAUUGAAUAACUAAGGACCAUGAUCAAUGUCUGUAGAGAUUAAUCUUUGUUAUAGUUGGGAUAAGUUUGAAGACUUACUUUUAUUCAAUGAAUCACAUUGAAAGGUUGUCCCUUUAAAACUAAACAACAUCCAGAGAAUAUAGGCUACUGUUAUUUUGGCCAUCAAAUUGAUACAUUAGAAACAAAAUAUUUAUCACAUAUCCAGUUUUCCAUGUGUGUUUUUCUUCCCUUAUGUAUUAGAUAUUUGGACUUGCAGGUUGUGCACAAGAGUGGGGUUGGAAUGUUUGCAAGCUCUGUUUUUUUUUACUUUCAUGAGAAGGAAAUAAAAUUGGUUUAUGAUAUAAUCUGUGUAUAAUAUAUAAGAAUGAAGAAGCAUUGAUGUUGCAUAGCAAGAGUAGAUCAAUUAAAUGUGCUGAAUAAAUGUGCCAUAUCUGGGAUUGUAAAUGGGAAAGGAUUCCUUGAUUUGCUGAUUUUUUUUAGUAACAUAGAAGCUAGUAAAUAAAGUGAUUGAGUACAUGUGCUUAGUGAAAUUACUAUACCAGUGACUUUUAAAUGUAAGAAGAUUUUUUGAGCAUACUGAAAUUUCUUUUAUUAAUAUAAAAGCAAAUAAUAAAUUAAAAUUAUGAAUCUUCUCAUUUUAUGAUUGUCUUUUGCCUGUAGAUAGAGUGUUGAAUUUCUAAUCUGAUAGGAUGAAUAGCUGCCUUAAGUUGAGGACUUAGGCUUUAGAGGUCUAGAGUUUGUUGGCUACAAUUUGACGAAAUUGUUUUAUGCUCUCUGUUAUUCUGUUAUUGUGUUUUAGAAAUCACAACACGAAUUGGAGGCUCUUAAUAACUAACAGCUAAGUUUUAGAAGUGGUUUAUUAUUUUUAUUUGCAUAUAUAUGGAGUGCAGUACUGCUAAUGCCUAUCGCUGAAAUGUAGCUAUUAAAUUUUUUAUGUACUUCUGUGUUUAUAAUGGAAUGUUCAAAGCCCUUUGCAUGAAGCUUUUUGUAAUAUUUGUCUUAUCAAUGAGCACAAAAGACUAAAGGAAAGAGAGACAAACUCAAAAAUAAGCAUAAGAUGAUGAAAUCAAGAGUUUAGAAAGCAGCAGUAGGAAAUUCGGUUUUUUUAUCAUAUCACUUUCAUAUUGAGUGUAAAGUUGCUUCCAUUAUGUUUCAUAUUUAUUAAAUAAGGAGUUGUAUAAUGUUAUUUUCUAGUUUCAUAGUAAAUGAUAAGCUAGUGCGUUAGUAGAAAUAUGUUAGAUGUGCUCCUGAAACAUUGAAAGGUGCUGGCCUAAAAUUAGAGGCUUCACACAUCUUUGUGAAAGGCCUAGAUACUUGCUGGCAUAAAAUGUUGUAGAGAAUCAUUCCUGGUUGAAAGGACUGAAGCUUUCUUAUCACAUUGUUGGUAUAGCCAUUUGCAUUUAGAAACCGAGUUACCUUAUUACUGUCCUCUUUACAAAGAUAGUUUUGUAUCACUUCCCUUUAUUUGUUGAUUUGCUUAAUUACUUUAGUUUGUCUUAUAGAUGGAAAGAUCCAUGUGACUAGUUUAGAAUCCUGGGUUAGGUAUAGGUUGGUAGAACCAUAGAAAUUUAGCAUUUGCUAAGAUGGGAGUGGCUCAUUGGUUAUUAGUUUUGUGUUUGGUUAGAUGUGGAUCUGACCAAACUGUGAACUUUCCUCAACCUGCUUGGUUCUUGGUGAGUUUGGGAGCAUAUAUUUAGUAAAGAAGGUAUAUGUGUUAUGGGCCGCUUUUAAGUUAGGUGCUGAAUCCAUUAGGUGGUUAAUAGUGGUAUGUGAUAAAGUAUGUAUAUAACUAUUUGGGCUUUCACUUUGCUAGUAUUAUUGGGAUUCUCCAAAGAAAUUUAAGUAUGGCCAAUGGUCUACAGAUUUUACCUGAAUUAUUGCCAUAUGUGGGUGUGGCUAGUAAAAACCAUGUCUUUUGCUUGGUUUUCUAGUGCUGUCCUAUUUUACCUGCGCUUCAACUAUGGUCUUUUGAACUGAUUGCAGAACAAAAUUUUGUAUGCUAGACCAUAUUAUUUCAGUUAAUUGAAAAUACAAUACUGUUAAAAGCUAAGAGGCUGUCAUUUUUGCAGAAACAUAGCACGA